AUGUUGAAGAUUUUGAGUGCUCAUUAUUAUUCUUCGGAGCAAAAGAGAAUGAACUCUACUUCUUCCUCCGAGCCUUUGCGCCCCAAGGGUGUCCAGCCCGGUGAAUUUCGUCAAGAAUCGGACACCUUUGGCCCUGUCCAAGUGCCUGCCGAGAAAUACUGGGGUGCCCAAACUCAACGUUCCCUUCAAAACUUCCGCAUUGGAGGCCCCGGCGAGCGUCUUCCCCUCCCUUUGAUCCAGGCCUUUGGUAUCUUGAAGUUUGCUGCCGCUUCCGUCAAUAAGACUUUUGGCUUGGAUCCCAAGCUUGCUGGUGCUAUUGAACAUGCUGCUCAAGAAGUUAUUGACGGCCGCUUGGACGACAAUUUCCCCUUGGUAGUUUACCAAACUGGCUCAGGUACCCAAUCCAACAUGAACAGCAAUGAGGUUAUCGCCAACCGUGCUAUUGAUUUGCUUGGCGGCACCUUGGGCUCCAAAAAGCCUGUCCAUCCUAACGAUCAUGUCAAUAUGUCUCAAUCCUCUAAUGAUACUUUCCCCACUGUUAUGCAUAUCGCUUCUGUUUUGCAAAUUCGCAGACAUCUCCUUCCUGCAAUGGAGCUUCUUCGUGAUGCUUUAAAGAUCAAACAAGACGAAUUUCAGGAUAUUAUCAAAAUCGGUCGCACUCACAUGCAAGAUGCUACUCCUCUCUCAUUAGGUCAGGAAUUUUCUGGUUAUGUUACUCAAAUGGAAUACGGUAUUGCUCGCGUCCAUAAUGCCCUUCCUCGUCUCUCACUUCUUGCUCAAGGCGGUACUGCUGUAGGUACUGGUCUUAACACUUUCAAAGGAUUCGACGUUAAGAUUGCGGAGAAAAUCUCCGAGAUUACUGGAAUUGAAUUCAAGACUGCUCCCAACAAGUUUGAGGCUUUGGCUGCUCACGAUGCACUUGUAGAAAUGAGCGGUGCUUUGAACACAGUUGCUUGCUCUCUCAUGAAGAUCGCCAACGACAUCCGUCAACUUGGUUCUGGUCCCCGUUGUGGUUUGGGCGAAUUGGUUCUUCCUGCAAACGAACCUGGUAGCUCUAUCAUGCCCGGUAAAGUAAAUCCCACUCAAUGUGAAGCUUUGACGAUGGUCUGUGCUCAAGUUAUGGGUAACCAUACCACCAUUACUUUCUCUGGAGCUUCUGGUCACUGUGAAUUGAACGUCUUUAAACCCGUUAUGGCUAAGAAUCUUUUAAGCAGUAUUCGCUUGCUCGGUGAUGCUUGCGAGUCAUUUACUGAUCACUGCGUUAAGGGCAUUGAGGCCAGCCGUGAAGGUAUUGCUCGUCAUUUGAAUGAUUCCUUGAUGCUUGUCACUGCUCUUAAUCCCCACAUUGGUUAUGAUAACUGUGCCAAGAUUGCUAAGACUGCUCACAAGAACCAAACUACUCUUAAGAAAGAGUUUGUUGAUUUAGGUUAUGGCUCUGCCGAACAAUUUGAAGAAUGGGUUCGUCCCGAGUUAAUGAUUUCCCCUAAAAAGUAA